GGCCGCACCUUGUCUACCCCCGAGCUGUUGCGGCCGGCUCGGCCCAUCAUCUGCCCUCACCAUGUCAACAACGCCCAGCGGCACCGACGCGCCGCCGCCGCCGCCUCCUCCUCGCGAUAUCCGGUCCUUUUUCACAUUGCGGCCACAACAACCUUCACAGCAACCACCGCCGCCACCAUCACAGUUACCGAUGCAGGACCAAGACCAUGACCACUACCACCACCAACACCACCCGUGGCCCAGAUCGCGCACGCCCACGAAGCGCUCGUCGCCCACGGGCAGCUCCGACGACGAGGACCCGCUGUCAGGGGGCUCCGCGCGAGGCGCCUUCAGGCUCGCGCCACCCGCGUCUUCAGCGACGUCGCGCAUCGCCGUCAUGCUUCCAGCCCCGUCCGCCGCUAGGGCCCUCUCGCCAGGACGACCCGUCGUGUCGGACCUCGUGCCGCGUCCCCGCCCCCACGGCGGCCACCCCUCCGCCGUCAAGAAGGAGACCCCCGUGCCGCUGCCCCGGAUGCCCAACUUGAACCCCGCCGCGUCCACGUCCGCGCCCGUGCUGCGUGGUGCUCCUCCAGCCAGCGUUGGCGGCCGCGGCAGGCCCAAAGGCUGGAAGCCCGGCAUGUCGUACUCGGUCAUGCGCGGCAACGAGCCGCACGGCUCCGCGGGCCGUCCCCGGUCGGCUAAGCCUAGGGUCGGUCCGGGGCACCAUUCGUCGCUGCCACCAGGGACCGUCAUUAGGCGCCGCGGGCGGCCGCCCAAGGCCCCCUCGCCGCCCCCGGACGCCGUCUACCGCAGCCUCCGGCCGCAGUUUGUCGACUUCCUCUGCGAGUGGGCCGGCUGCCGUGCCGAGCUGCACAACCUCGAGACCCUGCGGCGGCACGUCUGGGCCGUCCACGGCCGCAGCGAAACCUGCCGGUGGGCCAAGUGUGCGGCCCGGGAUCCCCCGGCGACACUCGCCACCGGGGACGAGCUCCGUCGACACGUCGACGAGGCCCACCUGGUGCCAUUUGCGUGGCACAUUGGUGACGGGCCGCAGAACUGCCUGGCAAGUCGGGAAAGAAAGGGGCGUCGCGGCAGCGAAAACGACGAUGACCACGGGCGGGUGCCAACUUUUCUGCUAGACCGCGAUGGGAACCAAGUCACGCCAUCGGUACAGGGGCAGCAGACGGAGGACCUGACUACGUGGAGGAUCAACCGCCGCAAGCUCAAGGACCUGCUGAUAAGGAGGAACGAUGCGCUGCCGGACGAAGACUCGUCGGAUGAGCCGGGAGACGAUGGGGACGGCUGAGCAUGGCUCCGAUGGGGCUGCGUAUUAGAUGUAUAUGUUAUAUAUAUAGAAGCAUGCCGGCAGAUGGUGCAACGCGUCCCCAACCCGUUGCAGGAUUCCCCAUAAAACGUCAAGACUCCGGCCCCCCCGGGUGCGUUGCACCUCCCACGGGGGCUUUUGUACUUGCCUUACCCGUCAUCCUGUCCAUCAAUGGCCUUGUCAAGCCCGCCCGCAUGCCGACCACGAUUUGUCCCCAAGUGCCGACGGCGGGUCCACCGAUUUUGUUGAUAAAUCUCAAGUGGAGUCAUCGCCGGAAGUACGUGCGUAAUGUCCGUAAUAAGCCACCACGAGGUGGCGGACGCCGGCGGGGCUCUCGCCUUUGCCCCCUGCGCGUGCUCGGAUCGUGCUGCCCCGAGCGUUGCAAACCCCCCUAGCUUCUUCUCCUCCGUGGCAAGCGGGGGAGGGACAGGGGGGCUGUGACGACAGCAAGUGACAUCAUUUGUCAAAGCCCGCUGCCUCGCGCGACGGAUGUAUAUUCAUUACAAAGUGAAGCAGACGCUCAUGAACGUGAGCGAAUGGCUCGUCUGUAGAAGGUGGUGUGUGGCCAUGCGGUCGUCGUUAGGAUCCAUGGCCCCCCCUGACCCGUGGCGCCGCAUCUGUUCACGGACGACCCAUGAUCACGCAGGGCAGAGUGGGUGCACGUAUACUGUAACUCACACCGUACUGUCCUGUACAUACGUAUGUCUCCUGCACUAACUUAGUAUGCUCUUCCACGCAUUCCUGCAUUGCCCUUGUCCGGCAUCUAGGGGAAACGGCCUAGGUCAAGGCAAGCAAUGGUUCGUGUGCGAGGAAGGGAGGGAAGCCAAGAUGCGUUCUGGGCUGCUUCUGGAGCGAAUGCCAAUGGCUGCUCUCUGGACUUGCCUCUGUGACAAGGGGCAACUACGUGCAUGGCCCCUCCGACUGUACUGGAUGGAUGGGGGGACAAGGUGAAUGGACGGAUGGAUGAGGGGGUGGUUGGUGAUGGUGCCGAGUUGGAGAUACGAAGUAGUAUUAGAUGCUACUUCGUACACCGGCAUAAGAUUCUGUAUUAACUACGUUAGAUAUUAAUUUGUAGGCGGGUAUAAGUUCCUUAUCAGACGUCCUGGGCCACGGCCGCAAUUCCUCCUCCGAUCAUCACAACACCCACAAGCCGGCAGAAAGCACAAAGCAAAAGCAUACACAUCAUUAAGACAAGCAACUCUAUAAGUGCACCACAUCUAUCUAUCCUCUACCACAGUUCGGAUUUUCAUAGGCAGACAUAUGUGCAUAUCCCGCCCCCUUUGAGACACGAUCAAGAAACAUGGGCGAGUGUAAAAUGUGUACUUCGUAGAGGGACGGGCGUCGACGGUGGUUUUGAGUGUGGUGUUUGUGGCGGCAGUGGGAAAGACGAAUGAUGCCGCCGUGCGUGCUUGCUGUUGAUGUGGAACUCUGGAUAAACUCUUGCCGCGUUGCAAAGAAGAAAAAUGCAUGGUUCUUUCUCAUGCCUCCCCC